GUCAUCACAGUUUUUGCAGACGAACUUUUAGAUUGAAGAUCUGCAGGAUCAGAACUAAACGAGAACGAAGCAGAACCAGGACUCGGAGAUGGACCGGGAUCAGAACCAGGACUCGGAGAUGGACCGGGAUCAGAACCAGGACUCGGAGAUGGACCGGGAUCAGAACCAGGACCAGGAGUCCAGCAUCAGGACCAAAGCGGGAUCUUCCUCUGCUGGUCUGCAGAAACAUAAAGGCAAAGAGAGACACACAAGUUAUCGCUGUGAUCACUGCAAGAAAGUCCUCACCACUUCAUCAGGUCUGAGAAUACAUAAGAUGAUUCACACUGGAGAUAAACCGUUCAGUUGUGAUCAGUGUGGAGCAGCUUUUAUCACUAAAAGUAAACUAAAGAUUCACCAACGUAUUCACACUGGAGAUAAACCGUUCACUUGUGAUCAGUGUGGAGCAGCUUUUACUGAGUCAGGAAAGCUAAAGAUUCACCAACGUAUUCACACUGGAGAUAAACCGUUCACUUGUGAUCAGUGUGGAGCAGCUUUUACCACAUCAGGUGAUCUAAGGACUCACCAACGUGUUCACACUGGAGAUAAACCAUUUAGGUGUGAUCAGUGUGGAGCAGCUUUUACCACAUCAAGUUAUCUAAAGAUUCACCAACGUAUUCACACUGGAGAUAAACCAUUCACUUGUGAUCAGUGUGGGGCAGCUUUUACCACAUCAAGUGAUUUGAGGACUCACCAACGUAUUCACACUGGAGAUAAACCGUUCAGAUGUGAACAGUGUGGGGCAGCUUUUACCACAUCAAGUCAGCUAAAGAUUCACCAACGUAUUCACACUGGAGAUAAACCGUUCAGAUGUGAUCAGUGUGGAGCAGCUUUUACCCAACAAAGUAAUCUAAGGACUCACCAACGUGUUCACACUGGCGAUAAACCGUUCAGAUGUGAACAGUGUGGGGCAGCUUUUACCACAUCAAGUCAGCUAAAGAUUCACCAACGUAUUCACACUGGAGAUAAACCGUUCAGAUGUGAUCAGUGUGGAGCAGCUUUUACCCAACAAAGUAAUCUAAGGACUCACCAACGUAUUCACACUGGCGAUAAACCGUUCAGAUGUGAUCAGUGUGGAGCAGCUUUUACUCAGUCAGGACAGCUAAGCACUCACCAACGUAUUCACACAGCAAAAUAAUCAGACAACGUCAUACCAAAACUAGAAAGACUAACAUAUGAUGCCCCCUGGACACUUCCUGGGAAGGUGUUCCUGGCAUGUCCCACCAGGAGAAGAUCCAGGCCACACUGGAGGGAAUGUCUUUCGGCUGACCUGGGA